AUGUAAUUUUCGUUCUGUGUUUGGCCUUAUUUGAAUCGGAUAACAAAUAUUUGAAAGGAGGUGUUCAUUUUAAUGUGCGUAUGGAAGCAUACGAGCAUGCGAUUAAUACAAACGUUGACCCUAAUAAACUAUCAAAUAACAACAGAGAUAACAAAAGAGACACCAUUCAGUAAAGACUUGACUUCCAAAGAAUCAAUAUGUAUUCAAUAGUUUUGCAAAUAUUAUUUUUAAUCUCAAUUAACUGUACCGUGAUAAUAAAUAGUUAUCCGGAGAAUGAAUGUAAUUUAGACAAUAAGUUGGUUGAUGAAAUACAAUCAUACAAAAAUGUUACAAAGCAAAUUAUUGAUAAAAUCGUGUCAGGAGGAUUUGGAACGAAGAUGUAUGAAGAUUAUUCUAAGUUCAUAGAUACAUUUGGAGCACGUUUGGCGGGAAGUAAAGCUCUAGAAAAAGCUAUAGAUCACAUGGUAAAUCUGACACGACAAAAUGGCUUGAACGACGUGACAACGGAAGAAGUUGACAUACCAUACUGGCAACGUAUUUACGAAUCGGCAAACAUGUUCGAACCAUAUUUAAAAAAAAUUUCAAUCCUUGGGUUAGGAACUAGCGUGAGCACUCCUGCUGAGGGUAUCAAAGCAGAAGCCAUUGUAAUAAAAAGUUUUGACGAACUUGAAAAAACUGAUGAAAAUAAAAUAAAAGGGAAAAUUGUCGUCUUUGAUCCACCUUUUGUGAGUUAUGGUGAAACUGUUGUUUAUAGAAGUCUAGGAGCUUCAAAGGCUUCCAGAAAAGGUGCUGUAGCUACUUUAGUCCGAAGCAUUACACCAUUCUCUAUAUAUUCUCUUCACACCGGAGCCCAGGACUAUGAAAAUAAUGUUACAAAAAUACCUACUGCAGCUAUAACUCACGAAGACGCAGACUUAUUUAGAAGACUUCAAAAUCUUGGCGAAAAAAUAGUCCUUAAAAUUCAUAUGUCUUAUGCUAUGUCCAGAAAGAUAUCAAGGAAUACCAUUAUUGAUUUAAAAGGCAAAGAAAGCCCCGAAAAACAAGUUAUCGUGUCAGGACACAUUGAUAGCUGGGAUGUAGGCCAGGGCGCUAUGGAUGACGGUGGGGGUAUGAUGAUAAGUUGGUUCGUUCCUGUAAUACUGAACAUUUUAAAACUAAAACCAAGACGAACAAUCCGAGCGAUACUAUGGACUGCAGAAGAGCCCGGUCUGAUAGGUGCUGAAGCAUAUCUAACAAAACACAUUAACGAAACUUCAAAUAUAAAUUUUAUCAUGGAAUCUGAUGAAGGGACGUUCAAGCCUCUAGGGUUAGAUGUCGCCGGCAGUACCAAUGCUCGUUGCAUUAUAGCUGAAGUACUGAAACUGUUUACACCCAUUGAUAAAAUGAAGGAAAGUGAAUAUCCGGGCUCGGAUAUGACGUUAUUCGUGCAAAAGGGAAUUCCCGGGGCAUCAUUAUUGAACGAGAAUGAGCGUUACUUUUGGUUUCAUCACAGUGAAGGUGACACAAUGAACGUACAAAAUCAAGAGGACGUAGUUGCUUGUGCCGCGUUCUGGGCGGCUUUUUCGUAUGUCAUUGCGGAUUUGUCACAAGAUAUACCACGACAAUAACUAUGACAUAUUUAAAAAAAAAACAAAAUGUGUGCAAUUCACACGUGGUAGAAGUGAAACUUUCCAAAAUUAAAAUGCAAUUAUCCUAAACGUCUUAAGUAUAUGUAAAAUUUUGUCAUUAGUAAAUAAUUGUAAGGUACCGCCCUCUGUGAAUUGAUAAAUUCAAUUCAAAUUCAAAUUCAAAAUUUUAAUUUCACGUAUAAUCCUAAAUUAAAAUUCACUACAAGAGCUUUCAUACACACGUUAGUAUUAAAAAAUCUCACAGAUGGCGCUGUAUUAAAUAGUAUGUAUAUUUCUGUCUCAUUCUUUGCUGGCUUCAUCCUACACAUUUUUGUAUUUGUGUCUCUUACCAGUCGUUUUUUCCGUUGCAUCCGGUUUGAAAUCACAACGAUUCUAAAGAAGUUUUCACUUCAAAAUUACAUUCCAAAUUAUAUUCUUGAUUACCUCA